GAAAUGUCUUGUUGCGUUUUCGCUGUAACGACUGUUGGACAGCGAGUUCGGUGAAUACCUACUGAAUAAAUAAAAAAUGUACAUACGUCACACGUUAAAUGGAGAUCAUUUAAAAUUGCAUUCAGGCUGAACGAAAAUUCACGGCCUUGUGUUACUACAAUUACAAGUGUGCUCUGUUGUUACUCCCGGCACUUGUUUAUGAUAUUUUACGUUGAGUUUCACAAGUUUAUAUAGCGGUAAUGGUGCGGUUUUGUUUCAUUAAACUGGAAAACAAAGCAUCUGACAUCGGUUAAAGUGUUUGUGAGCUUGUGCGAACUGUGUUUAAAAGUUGAUAUGACCUUAUAUCCGAGCAAGGAAUCUGCCCACGCCGUAAUCCGUACAUUAGAGACUCCUACGCGACGGUGAUGGUCGGAACUGUGAUGUUCAUGGGAAUGAAACUAGAUAAAUAACGCGUCCAACGUAUAUCUCCGCGUUGCGUUAAUGUUUAUUUCCUAAAUAGCAUUUCGUACAAGUGUUAUAGUUACUCGUGAAGUUACAAUUGGUGCUAAAUGUGCGAGUAUUUGUGAUACAUCUGUUGUAUUUUGUCAACAAGCAAGGCUAUCUCUAAACGCCGGCAGCACCUCGCUUGACCAGUUCUACAACAAGUGGUACACUACAAAUGCUAAGUCCAAAAAAUGAACUUGCAUACACAGCUGUUAACCUAGGCUGCUGUUUGUUCGGGGAGUGUAGCUAAUCCGUCAAGAUAAAGAAAUCAUCCAUCCUGUUGUGCUACAAAGCGAGAAUGGACGAAAAUGAUGUCAUCAUAUCUUCCACAGAAAUUAUUAAAGACAGAUUGUACUUCGCGACGCUCAAAACGGGAUACCAGCCAAAAUCCACACGCAACAGCAAAUACUUCCACAUCGAAGAUGACAUCGUGUACGAGAACUUCUACUUCGACUUUGGACCUUAUCACCUGUGCCAUUUGUAUCAAUUUUGCAACUUGCUCAACGAUGAGUUGGACAGAAAUCCGAAGAAGAAGAUCGUGUUCUACACAAGUAACAAUGAGACGCUCAGGCUCAAUGCGGCAUAUCUCAUCGGCAGCUAUCAGAUAAUAUACCUGGGCGGGUCGCCGGCGGCGGUGUACAAGCAGCUGACCGAGGGCACCUGGUCGCUGCUCAGCUUCCGCGACGCGUCGGGCGGGCCCGCGCUCUUUGACAUCUCGCUAUUGGACGUGCUGCAUGGUAUCAAGGUCGCACAUGACGCCAAGUUCUUCGACUUUGAGCACUUCGACGCUGAACAGUAUUUGUUUUACGAGAAAGUGGAAAAUGGCGACUUGAAUUGGAUCGUGCCCGGCAAGAUGCUGGCAUUCUCUGGGCCGAACCACCGCUCGCGGCUGGACCGCGGCUACCCCCUGCACAGCCCGGAGCAUUACCACGAAUACUUCAGGAAGCACCACGUGACGACUAUCGUACGACUCAACAAGAAGUCGUACGACGCGAAGCAGUUCACAGCGCACGGGUUCGAGCACCGAGAGCUGUUCUUUGUCGACGGGUCGGUGCCGUCCGAUCUGAUCGUGAGUCGGUUCAUACGGAUCUCUGAGGCGGCGAAGGGGGCUGUGGCGGUGCAUUGUAAAGCGGGGCUGGGUCGUACCGGUACGCUGAUCGCGUGCUACAUGAUGAAACACCACGGGUUCACCGCGCGGGAGGCCAUCGCCUGGCUGAGGGUGUGCCGUCCUGGAUCCGUCAUCGGCCACCAGCAGUGGUUCCUUGAGAAUAUCCAGCCCCGCAUGCACGCGCUGGGCGAGGCGCACCGGCGUCGCUUCAACAUAACCUCGUUCCCCGUGUUCACGCGCGGCAUAUACAGCGACCUGCCGCCCGAGCCGACGCCCGCGCGCGAGCCCGACGACGGCAGGCCCGUGUCGCUGCAGACCAUACUCAACAGCAGCAAGAGCAACAAGUUGGACAACGCAAACAUACUCAACGCCAACGAAACUGACUCCGAGAACAACGUGACGUCAGUCAUCGGCAAGUAUAAAACGACCGCCACGCCAAUGUUGCCGACGAAGACGGUGUUCACGCCCAAGAUCAGCUACAUGAUGCCGACCAACAACAUAAGGAACGCCAACAACACCAACCUGAAGCCACAACCGAGACUCAUGAACGCCACCCUCAAGUCUCAUUACGCGGCCAAGACUUCAACAUUCCCGCCAACACGAAGUGCCAAUACCCAAGCCAAGCUCGCCGGGGCCAAGGUUCCUUUCACAGGUAAAAACAGCUUCCACGGCCAACGCGCCAAUCUCGCGCGGCCAACCCUCCCAUACUCCCAUGGUAGUAGCCCUAUAAAAACCUUCACUAGGAAAGCCAACUCUGUGUCGAAGAUAACCAACGAAGCCAACGUCGUGACUACACUGACCAACGUGACUUCAACUCUCUCGGCUUUGACGGAAAACUGUCACUUGAACGGCAAAAACCGUCUUCCAUCUGAACCUAACCUCAAAGCCGUCGCCCAAAAAGCAACGGCAACGAAUUCUCGAAAGAAAUUGAUAGUCCGAUCGAACUCUAAUUCGCGGAAGAAGUUGCCGAAAAGCCUUCCAAAAAGUGGUCUGGAGUCGUCCCAAGAUUUGUCGUCUAGCGAUACGAAUAUUACAAAUAUAUCCGCGGAUUCUUUGGAGACUCCGUUCCGGUUUAGGCGAAAACGGGACAAGUCCAAAACCCCUGAGCCAAUGGACUGCAUAACAAAUUCUGUCAUCACUGCUGACGUCACUCCUGACAACUUUGAGGAGACCAGCAAUUCUCAGGGCAAUAAGCUAUAUAAAAUAAAGGCGCUAAGGAAAAAAUGUCCCGCUUUCGGUGUCGGUCUGUUGAAAAAAGAUAACAUCAAUACUCGGUCGAGUAGUUGCGCCAGCAGCUCUACUGUGAAGAAGAAAUGAUCUCCGACGAAACGAGAUAUUAGGCAACUGUUUGCACGUUAUAGAGUUUAUUAUAGGUGAAUAGAGUGCAUAGCACACGUUGUAUAACCAGUUGAUGGAUUUGUUUAGGUUUAUCUCAUGUAAUAGUCUGAGAUCCGGCAUAAGGAAUGUAUACCCACAUCUGUUAUUUAUUUGGUAUAAGAAAUAAAUUAUGAAAAAUAUUCACAUUGACACAUUGCAAUUUAACUAGGCAACCUAUGCCUACUUAAAUUGCGGCCAAACACAUUUUUCGUACAAAAUCUAGGAAACCAUGAACUAGAUCAAAGGCAACAUAAAAUAAGAUUUCGUUUGACAUAUUACACGACUAAAUAAUUGAUCAGGACAUUUGUAUAACAUUAAUUAACUAUUUGUAUCUGGCAACCCCGCAGUUGCAAUGCGAAAGCAGGCUUUACGUUUUCAAUUCUUUUGGGUAUAUUCUUUUAACUGGUGUAUGAUUUUUAUUAAUCAAGUAAAGUAGAUUAAAUAAAUAAAUAACUAAAUAAUCAUUUAAACUCACCGGGUGCAAUUUCACUAUGCAACCUAUUUGUAUUGUGUCAAUGUGAAUAUUUUCUAUUAUUUAUUUAUUAUUCCAAUAACAGAUGAGGGUAUUAAUUCCAUAUGCCGGAUCUUGUACUAUAGCGAUGGUUUUGUAAUUCGACAGUGUGAAUCUCAAAUUCGUCUUUAUUUCUAGCAUUAAAUUAAAGAUAAAUUCGAAACACUGUGAUCGACUGACUUCAUUUAUAUUUAAUUCAUAUCAAAUGCUGGUAACUAAGUUCUUUAUUAUAUGGUUAGAUGUCUAAACAAAUUGAUCAACUUUUGUGAUGUGUAGGUGUUUUUUCAUAGACCCCGUGAUGAGCCUAACUGUUUUUUAUUAUAUUACGUAUUUCAACUUAUUAUCAUAUUUGUUAUCAUGAAGCGUGUGGUCGAUUAGUGUGUAAUAUUGAAAUUGAAUUCGUUAGCCGUUAUAACUAUGACGUCACAGUACAGUCGGAGAAAAAAGUGUUUUACGGAUUUUAUUUCACAAAAACAUCGACCACCAUUAGUGACCUAAGGAAAAUAUUUUUGUAAUUUUUGAAUUACUAUAUAACUAUUGAAUGCCAUUUUAGUUUAGCUUUUAUUGAGCUUCCUGUUGUUUAUAUUAUAUUAAUUUAUAGUUUCCAUAUUAUAAUAGAAUUAUAAAAGAACUAUAAAUUUGUUCCAUAUUAUUAUAUUUUAUUUGCAAUACCUAUGUGUAGGUAAAAAUAUUAUAAAAUAAAUGAUGAAAUAUUUUAAUGUCGCUCAUAUUUAAAUGUUUUUUUUUUUUUUACUUUUUAUUGCUUUAUUGACAUUUUAUUAUUUUUCUUAGUUCUUUGACAGCAUCUGUAAAGUUAUUCUUAUUUUAAGACUGUUAGUUAAGAUUAAUUAUUGUAUUCGUUAUAUGUUUGGUGAACGAGUAUUGUUUUAUCACACUAAAAACGAAACAACAAGCAAUAUUCAGGAUAUCGUUACUUGGAUUAUUUUUUGGGUUUUCAAAAAAAAAUUUUUUAUUAGUGGAUAUCUAAAAUGAAAAAAAGUGUCACAAUAAUACUAGUUCUUUUUAUGUGUAAGUAAAAAUGCAAUUUAGUUUAAAUGUAACUUUAUGUAAUUUUUUUUUAAAUUCUUGUUUUAACAUGAGAUUAUUAUUUAAAGCUAUGGUGUGUAGUGCAAGGUAAAAAUAGUCUUAUUUUAACGAAAUAUGUAAUAUCAAAAACUAAAGUUUUCAGUUUUUAAUACUUCGCAAUGUCACAAAUAGAUGUUUAGGUUUUUAAUAAGUUUGUAUGUAUAAACUAUAGAUUUUUGCUUACAAUACAAAAAGUCAGAGAAAAAUACCAAUAUGGGAUACUAUAAUGUACUAGCUGACGCCACGCGGUUUCAGUUGCGUGGUUCCCGUUAGGUUCCAGUACUGUAGGAAUACGGGGAUAAUAUAUAGCCUUCCUCGAUAAAUGGGCUAUCUAACACAGAAAGAAUUUUUCAAAUCGGACCAGUAGUUCCUGAGAUUAGCGCGUUCUAGGAAACAAACAAACAAACUCUUCAGCUUUAUAAUAUUAGUAUAGAUUUUGUUUCCUGUAAUCAAAGAUUGCAAAUUGGAUUUGGUCUUACGAGUAGAAGUUUGUCGAGUAGGAGUGUUCACAUUUUUUAACAAAUUACAAUUUAUUAAUUAUUUAAAUGAAAUUUAUUUUAUAAUAACAUUUUUUAAAUUAAUUCAAUGUUAAUUUUUUACCUCGUUUUUACAGACCGCCUGUUACGUUUUAUUUGUAGACAUGUUGAAUAAAACACGAAUUUAUAGCGUCAUAUCAAUUAUAAUACACAGUGAUUCCGACUUGCCUCAACUAUUCUGUACAUAAUAUAAAAAUUUUAGACUCCGCUAAUUGAUGUGAAAGACUGUUGUCUAUGCCAUUUUUAUUGUAAUAAAUAUUAUUGUAUAAACGUUGUUUACGCUGACUGUACUUGCAAUUUUAUUUUAUUGAAACUAUUGUCUACUCGACUGUACACUUAUUAAAGCAAAUAUACAAAUAGAUUUCGUUUAUAAACGACAACGUCGACCUUGAUACCUUGAAAUAAAGCAUUAGAACUUGAUUUAUUAUUUUUAGGCGUGUUUUAAGUUUCCAGGACUAUCAUCUUGUUAUAAUUAUUGAUGAUUUGUACGCAUAGUCUACUGAGUUCCUAUAUUUGAAUUGACAAGCCAAAAUAUUGGAAUUACGUGAAUGGCUGAUGUUUUAUAGCUCGUACAAGAUUGUCAGGGACCAUCACGCGACGUCGCGUUACCGGCCACAGCGUAAAAGACCGCUUCACGCGACGUCGCGUGGUGAGGCAAUGAAAGUGUUAACGUACAUUGAAGAUUUGUUAUAAAGUUGUAAGUACAGUUUGGUCGCCUUCACAAUUACAUUAUUAUUUAACCGUAUAAGUUUUAAUAAAGUGAAAUAAUAUAUUAUCUACUCUCAUUACAUGAAACUAAAAUUAUGAAAAAAAGUUAUGUAAAAAAAAAAAUAAAACUAAAAAAAACCGCUUAUUUUUUAAAAUUCCUAAUAGCGUUAUGGCUCAUAUUGUCAUAAAGAAUUUAAAAUUUGUAUGUAUUCACGACUCAAAAAAAUAUUAUGUCUUUUUUUCAGUUUAGCAGAACAACAAUGGACCCUUUAAAAAAAGGGUCAACUAGUCUAUUGUGGAUUUACGUUAUGGGAGACGAUAAGGAAUUUACUAGAUACUUUAACAUAAUAAAACCGUUAAAAAAUAUAAAUAUAGUUGUGAAGGCAACCAUAGAGAUAUAAAUUAUACUUAGAGGCAGCUGUUCGGUGUAGGAUUGUUUUAUUCGUAAUAAUACUACUAGUUAAUGCUUGUUUGUGUAGGAAUUGGUUGGACGUGGGUUGGUACGCAUUUCGCUGCGUUUGGCUAGAUAGUUGUAGAUUAAUGUUUGAUAAUUUUAAAAGGAGAUCUCCGAAAUUGGGCCCACCUUUCAGAACGAUACAGAAAUGAAAAAUGUACUAAAAAUCUUGUAUAUUUUACUAGAUUACUCUAUUAGAUUCUUAGUCGAAAUAAUAUUCGCCAACGGGGAAAAUAAGCUGUUUCCAUUAUUUUCAUACCGAUCCAGCUUUGUGAAUGCAUAUCGUAGUGAUUUAUUAUCCUCUUUGCGUAUUUCACUGGUUGUCAGUUGUCUUUGCAAACGCGUGCUGUCAAUGUCAAAUUGACAUUUGUUCAACAAACCCCAAAGAAAAAAAUAUUGUCAUUCGCUUUUCGUAUCUGUGCGUCAGUAAAAGUGUUUCUUUUCAUUAUGUUUAUCAAGAUGACAGUUUUCCUAGCGAUUUCACAUUAUAAAUUGUCAUAAUUAUUCUGUCCCUAGUAUUGUCUGUCAAUUAGACACAGAUAAUGCAAUGAAUUGUAUGUCAAAGGGAUACGAAUUAUUGCCCACCUGUAACAAGUAAUUUAUCUGAUAGAGGCAAAUGUAGAUUUCUUUGAAAAUUGGCCUCAUGAGUUUUCCUUAGUUGUCCUAAUUUAUGGCCAAUUUUCAGUUCUGUAUCAUUCGUAUAAUUUGGGCCCGAUUUUUUAUGGAAACUAGGUUUUCUCCUUUGAUUUAUAUUUCAGAAGUAUCUAGCCGGAUGCAGCCCUUAUUGGGUUGCUGACAUUGUUAUUAUGUAUUUUUAUUUUUAAAACCACUAUCAUUUUUUUAUUUUUUAUAUGUUGCUAUUUUGGAUAAACCUUACAUAUAACAAAUCUCUAACGGUGCGCUUACACGGGAAAUUAGAGCCUUCUAUUGAAUAUUACUUGGCAACACUUAAGGAGCAAUUAGUUGAAAAUUUUGGAGAGAAAAAAAUUGGCUUACGCAAUGCAAAAUACUACUAUGUCAUUGGCAAAUUUUUUUGGUUGACAAAUUUUAGUACUUUUUUAUCUUUCAUUGAGAAUUUUAUUAUUUUUUCGUUGGUGUACCCACACUUUUUCAAACGAGCGUGGUGUAUUACAGAACUAAAUUGCUAGUGUUUGAAUGCAUUGCCUAGUUUUUAUCAUCAUACUGGUAAUAUGAUUUUUAGCAUUUUUUCGUUGGUGUACCCACACUUUUUCAAACAAGCGUGGUGUAUUACUGAACUAAAUUGCUAAUGUUUUAAUGAACUGCCUAGCUUUAUCAUCUUACUCGUAAUAUGGUGUAGAUAUACAUGAAGCAACAGUGGAGUUAAUAAAUUGUUUCAUGUAGUCGUGACGUCAUAAGUACCUACCUAAUCAUUGCUUGAAAUGGAGCAAUUUUAAUAGCCCGUGUAAGUUGCACCUUGAUCUAAACUAAAUUGAUUCAUUUGAAUUAUAAUUGAAAAAUACCACAUUACUUUUUGUAAGGCCGUUCGAAUGUGAUUUGUAAACUAACAACCUAAAUCGAAUUUUUUAUACAUAUAUAUUUUGGUGCGAUGCAGAGAGUAAAGGAAAAGGGACCAGUAUGUUAUCAGAGAAACGACGAUGCAUGUGUUGUGUAGAUAAUAUAAUUUUAAAAGUUAUAUUUCGUUGUGAUCUUGAGAUCUAAUCGGUUACUAAUGUUUAUAUAAUUACCUAAGGUAUGUGUAUAUAAUUAAGCGACACCGUUUAUAUGUCUGUACAUAUGCGCUUUCAUUUUCAACUUGCCUUCUAUACAGUCUAUAAAUUCUAUACAGUCGACACCCUAACAAAAUGUAAAGCUGAUCAGAUGUUAUAAAUAUAACGUGUAUGUCUUGUAGCUCUCGAACUGGUAAACCGAUUUUCAUUUAGUUGCUUUUGUUUGAAUUAUUCAAGAGUGUUUUAGGCUUUUUUUGAUGGAAAUUGAUUCAGCCGUUGGACAGUUAUGAGUGUUGGAAGAGGGGUUAUAAACAAUAGUAAAGAAAUACGAGUUAAGUAAAAGCUUAUCUGUGGUGGAUAUAGAAACUGCGAAUGUGGAAUGGUGUUUUAUAUGGAUAAAACAGACUGAUAUUUAGCAGUGGCAUUCUUAAACCUUAAUUUUACAAUUUGCAGAUUUUACGUCUAUUUCGGCUAUCAUAUCAGCGAAUAACGCGACUAAAGGAAGUGCGAGUAAGAAGCUUUUACUGUAUAUUCGAGUGGGUGUGCGAAUAAAAGAAUUUGUGUAUUAUAAAAUUAGCUAUUUCUGCUGCUGCAUUAAGUUGCAAGAGCCAAAUAAACGUGGAAGCUUUACCGAAGAUCAUUAUGUUACUAUACUAAGUAAUUCUCUUACCGGGUUGAUUAUCUGCAACCUAAGCUGUCAUUGUAUGACUGCAAGUUGAAAAUGGAAGGGCAAGGAGAGUGUUGACAUUCUAGAAGAGCUACUUUGCAGUAACUACGGUUUGAGACGCUGAAAAAAAUACCAACUUAACUGCAAUGGGUUGGCAUGCAUUGGCAAUAAUUGCUUGUACAAUUACUUCAAGUUUGAUUAUAAUUUAUUUCUUUUAUUUACUUCAAAGGGGCGUACAAUAUUUUUAAAUAUCAGCUUAACAAAUCUUAUUAUACACUGAGUUUGAAAAAUACCAAAUUAUCUAUUGUUUUGUCAACAACCAAUUUCUCAAGAUAGAUUCGAUUGAUCGUAGUUACUUCAAAGUAGUUCUGUAUGACACCAUGGUGUACUAAAACGCUUGUGCUUAAUAAAAAUUAAAAGAAACUAUAUUGCGAUUA